GGUGCCCCCCAGACUUGGCUGGCUGGAGCCUAGGGCUCGUCGUCAUUCACAUUCUCGGUUCUACUGCCUUCUCCACUUCACCACUUUCGGCUCUGUCGCACGUGUUUCCGUUACUCUCUGACUGCGGCUCGCUGUUUCAAGUACCUUUUUCCAGCAUGGCGUCUCGAGGAGGGGCGACGCCGUCCAAGGGUUGCUUGCAGCGGCUGCAGCGAGAGUUGAAGCUAAUCACCAAGGAGCCACCGCCUCACAUCCGCGCGAAGCCGAACCCCGCUGACAUGCUGGACUGGCACUUCGUGUUGGAAGGCAGCCCUGGCACGCCGUACGAGGGCGGCUGCUACCACGGACGGCUCAGAUUCCCCGCCGACUACCCCUUUAAACCGCCGAGCAUCAUGAUGAUUACCCCCAACGGCCGCUUCGCCACCAGCACUCGCAUAUGCAUGAGCAUGAGCGACUUCCAUCCCGAGACGUGGAACCCCAUGUGGUCCGUCGCCAGCAUUCUGACUGGACUUCUGUCCUUCAUGUCGGACGAUGCAGUGACAGCGGGCAGCAUAGUGGCGUCAGAGGCAGACAGGCGCAAGCUCGCACGGCUCUCCAUGGCCAACAACUGCUGCAGCCCCAUGUUCCGCAAGCUGUUCCCCGACCUGGUGGACAGCUACACGGCCUCGCUUGCCACGGCAGCAGAUGCAGCAGAGGGGGGGAGGGAUGGGGCGUGCAGAGCGCAGGGGGAGGGGGCAGAGGGUAAGGGAAAGGGGGUGGGGAAGGGCCGGCGGGUGGUGGAAGCUGCUGCUGGGGCGGUGGGUGGGCGGGAAGGGAAGGGGAGUGAGGGGGGGAGGGAGGCGAGAGUAGGAGCGCAGGGCGAGGCACAGAGAGUGGAGGGGGGCCAACGGAGGGUGGGCAGAGCAGGUGGGAGAGUGGGUGCCGCUGCUGCUGCUGCUGCAUUGAGCGCAGGGAAGGCAGCAGAGGCAGCUGUUACAGGGUCGGGCAGUGGGAGUGGGGCGAAGCCGGGCAUUUCUAGCUUGUCGUUUUGGGUGACAGCGGCAGUUGUGCUCAUAUGUGGGUGCGUCAUGGCGGUGCCGUUCCUCGACUCCUUGUCCUCGUCCCUGCUGCGACUAUCCUGACAGUCAACACGUUGAGCGUGGUGGCUUCAAUUCGUGUGCUUAUUUUUGUCUGUGAAAAACUUGGGUUAGGAGCUAGCAUCAUUUGUACUUGUAAUGUUCAGAUGAUUGAUUUUGUGUAACAAGGCUUUCGUGAGGC